AUGGGUCUCCCUACUUUCUCAGAGUCAACAACUACAACAUCAACAUCCACUCAAACCCCGCAAGAACAACAGAACAACACUGGCGUUGCUACAGGUGCAGGCGCAAACACUGGUGCUGGCGUGACGAGACCAAAGACUGAAGCUGAGUUGGAGGCUGAUCGUCUUUACGAGGAGGCUAUGGAGGAGGAGUACGCUAAGCGAGAUGGAGGUUCAUAG